AUGGCGUUUCCUUACUUGGAAACCGUAGUAGGUUUUAUGAUAGUGAUGUACAUCUUUGAAACCUAUCUUGAUCUUCGGCAACUUGCUGCGCACAAACUUCUCACUUUGCCAAGAUCUUUACAAGGAGUAAUCAGCCAGGAGAAGUUUGAAAAAGCUCGUGCGUACAGCCUCGACAAAAGCUACUUCAGUUUUGUUCAUGACUUUGUGACUAUCGUGCUGGACUCGGCCAUACUGUGGUAUGGGGUAUUGCCAUGGUUUUGGAAGGUAUCAGGGAACUUUCUGGUCUCAAUUGGUCUCAAUGCAGAGAAUGAAAUAAUCCACACUCUUGGCUUCUUGGGCGGUAUGAUGAUAUGGUCACAGAUCACUGACUUGCCAUUCUCCCUAUAUUCAACCUUUGUGAUCGAGGCACGCCAUGGUUUCAACAAACAAACAAUAUGGUUGUACAUUAGGGACUUGUUCAAAGGAAUUCUGCUCGCUGUCGUUCUCGGACCACCUAUUAUAUCUGCAAUGAUCUUGAUUGUACAGAAAGGUGGUCCAUACUUGGCCAUUUAUCUCUGGGGCUUCAUGUUUGCCCUCUCACUCGUCAUGAUGACAAUCUAUCCACUUUUGAUUGCUCCCCUUUUCAACAAGUUCACCCCUCUUCCAGAAGGAAGUCUCAGGGAGAAGAUCGAGAAACUUGCUGCAUCACUCAAAUUCCCUUUGAAGAAGUUGUUUGUUGUAGACGGUUCCACAAGAUCAAGCCAUAGCAAUGCUUACAUGUAUGGCUUCUUCAAGAACAAGAGAAUAGUGCUCUAUGACACUCUGAUUCAGCAGUGCAAAAAAGAUGAGGAAAUUGUAGCUGUUAUUGCUCACGAACUCGGGCACUGGAAGCUUAAUCAUACAAUGUACACGUUCAUAGCCAUGCAGAUUCUUACCUUCCUGCAAUUUGGAGGGUAUACCCUUGUAAGGAAUUCAACGGAUCUCUUUAGAAGCUUUGGGUUUGACUCUCAGCCAGUGCUCAUUGGGCUGAUGAUAUUUCAGCAUAUUAUAAUACCUGUCCAGCAUCUUGUGAGCUUUGGCCUUAAUCUGAUUAGCAGAUCCUUUGAAUUUCAGGCUGAUGCAUUUGCUAAGAAGCUUGGCUACGCUGGUCCUCUUCGUGCUGGACUAGUGAAACUGCAGGAAGAAAAUCUAUCAGCCAUGAAUACUGAUCCAUGGUACUCAGCUUAUCACUAUUCCCACCCUCCCCUCGUCGAAAGAUUAUCAGCCCUUGAUGAAGUCGACGCCGACGGUAAAAAGGAAGAGUAA